AUGCGCAACCUCAAAAUCGUGCGCCUCGCCGAGGUGCAGCUCCAGAAUGAGCUCCCUUUGACAGCAACAGCUUGGGAUACAGCUUCAGAUGCUGUCGUUUGCACAUUCGGGCCUUCUGCGUCCCAGCCAGUCAUAGAGCUUCGCAGAAAGCGCCAUGACGCCUAUUUUUCGGACCCCGUAGGGGCGGAUGCAUUUGAAAUCAUCGCAUCUUGGGAUGCGCCAUGCCCACUACCAGAUCUGGAAUGCGACCGGGUGCUCUCGCUGCACUACUUUGCUGACAAUCUCACAGCCUGUCUGGUGCUGGAAGGAGGCGACAUUGUCAUUGUCCGUGAAGAACCCCUUCCUGGCGAGGACAAGAUUGAGAUUGUGGGUACUGUUGAUGUUGGUAUCACGGCUGCUGCAUGGUCCCCCGAUGAGGAGCUCCUGGCCUUGACUACAAGAGCCAACACUUUCCUUUACAUGACGAGAGAAUUCGAAAACGUUGCCGAAAUUACUUUCACGCAGGAGGACCUCCGCGCCUCUCAGCAUGUCUCUGUGGGCUGGGGAAAGCGCGAGACCCAGUUCCAGGGCAAGCGUGCCAAGGCUCUUCGUGAUCCUACUGUCCCCGAGAAGGUGGACGAGGGUAAGUUGAGUGCUAGCGAUGAUGGAAAGACGACCAUUAGCUGGCGUGGUGAUGGUGCUUAUGUUGCCGUGAAUAGCAUCGAAGCUGGCGUUAGACGUGCGAUCCGGGUUUACUCGAGAGAGGGAACUUUGGAUAGCGUCAGUGAGCCAGUGGAUGGACUGGAAGGUGCCCUCAGCUGGAGACCCUCUGGCAAUCUUAUUGCCGGUAUCCAGCGCCGCGAAGAUAGAACUGACGUGGUCUUCUUCGAAAGGAACGGCUUGCGCCAUGGAGAAUUCACUCUCCGCCUGACGGAAGAAGAACGGUCGACAUGGGCUUCGAAUAUUCAUUUGAGCUGGAAUGUCGACUCAACGGUGCUUGCGGUGCAAUUCCACGACAGAACCCAGUUCUGGACAACAGGCAACUACCACUACUACCUCAAGCAAGAAAUUCCAAUUGGAGUGAAUGCAGAAUAUCCGUAUCCAUUCUCCUUGAAAUGGCAUCAGGAGAAGGCCUUACGAUUCAUUGCAGGGGCUUCAGGGUCGAUGUUGGAUGUGGACUUUGUUUUCGACGUAUCUCAGGGAUCCACCACCAGCCCGGAUGAUGUUGGCGCUGUUGCUGUCGUCGACGGAAAAAUCCUCAAAUUGACUCCUUUGAGGCUGGCGGGAGUUCCUCCUCCUAUGGCUCACAAUGAGCUGACACUAGACUCAAACAUCGUUGAUGUGGCAUUCAGCAAGUCGGGAACGCGGAUGGCUGUUCUUAUGAAGGAUCGGUUUUCCAUCUUCCUUUGGUCUCUCAAAUCGAGACCUGUUCCAUCUCCAAUCCUUGAAUCUAGUUAUCCGUUGUCGGACGCGCCUGAUAGCCGACCCCGACAGAUUGCCUUUGUAAACGAGCAUGAAGUUUACAUCCUCAAGGACAGUGGCCCGAACAACACUCAGAUUGAACGCACUGCUUUGGAGACACGCACGACUCAAGUUGCUUAUCAGGCAGAGGAUUCCGAGCAAAUCUUGUCAAUGUUCACCUCCCUUGGGCAUGAAGCUUUGUGGUUCUCUCACGUUAAAGCGCCUAACCAGCCGGUUACGUACUCCUAUGUUUCCAUGCCUUCCUCCGAGGAGUUCCAGAUUUUGCCCUGGCUCGAGAGCCCGACAGUUGAUACUUACUGGGCCAAGGCGGCGCAAAUCUCUGAGGAUGAGGUAAAUCCUUCUUGCAACUCAGAUUACGUUAUGACUAACCUUUUGAAGCAUGUUCUGGUCUCCAUGACAAGAUCCGGAGCCUUGUAUGCCAAUAAGCGGCUCCUUGCGAAGAACUGCACAUCCUUCCUUGUAACCCAGGCCCAUAUCUUGUUUACAACCUCCCUUCACCUGAUCAAAUUUGUGCACUUGACUACAGUGGAAGAGAUGGAUAUUCCUCCCGACACCCCCGAGACGGAUGAACGAUGCAGAAGUAUUGAACGUGGCGGACGUCUGGUGACAGUGAUGCCCACAACAUUUGCUGUUAUUCUGCAGAUGCCCCGUGGAAACCUCGAAACCAUCUAUCCCAGAGCCCUCGUUCUGGCCGGUAUCAGAAACUUCAUUGACCGUAAAAACUACCGGGCUGCGUUUUUGACCUGUCGUAGUCAGAUGGUGGAUAUGAAUAUCAUUCACGACUAUGCCCCGGAACAAUUCAUGGACAACAUCCAACUGUUUGUGGACCAGGUGGAGAAGAUUGAUUUUAUUGACGAGUUUAUCUCCCGUCUUAGUGAGGAGGAUGUUUCCCAGACUCUCUACAAAGACACCCUGAAAACACCGAAGGCAGACAAUGCGCCGACCGGAAUUGUUGCAGUAGCACCAAACAAGGGUAGCAAAGUCAACCGAAUCUGCGACGCCUUUUUGUCAACUUUGGAGAAGCGCAUUGACACCAACCUGCACAACCUGAUCACUGCGCAUGUCUGCAAGUCACCACCGGAUCUUGAGUCCGGUCUGCAACUGGUUGCGCGCUUGAGAGAACAAUCGCCCGAACAGGCAGACGACGCAAUCGAGCAUAUGUGCUUCCUGACGGAUGCUAACCAGUUGUACGAUAAUGCGCUGGGGCUCUACGACCUCGAGCUCACCCUGCUCGUCGCCCAACAGGCCCAACGGGAUCCCCGCGAGUACCUACCGUUCCUGCGCAAGUUGCAGCAGCAGCCCGAACUUCGCCGCUACUUCGAGAUCGACAACUACCUGGGCCGGACAUCCAAAGCCAUCAAGCAUCUACACGCUCUGAACGCCCACGAUGAACUCCGCGCCUAUACAAUCAAGCACGUCCUCUACAAGGACGCCAUCGACCUCUACAAGUACCAGGCGGAGCAACUGCGCGAGAUGACGAACCUGUACGCCGACUACCUCUUCGACCGGUCCAAGUACAAGGAGGCAGGCAUCGCUUACGAAUCUCUGCAACUCUACACCGACGCCUACAAGAGCUACCACCUGGCCCAUCUCUGGCGCGAAUCCCUCUACUGCGCGAUGCUCGUGCCCCUCACCCCCACGGAGCUAACCACGCACGCCACAGCCCUGAUAAACACCCUAAUCGAAGAAUCCAAGGACUACAUCUCAGCCGCAACCAUCCACGCCGACCAUCUACACGACAUCCCCGGCGCAUCACGGCUCCUCUGCCGAGCUUCCAAAUUCUCCGAGGCAACGCGCCUCCUCACCCUGCACAACCAGGCCGCCUUAAUCCCCGAGAUCGUGGACACCGGCCUCGCUGACUCAAUGGGCAGCAUGACCGACCUGCUCGCGGACUUCCGCUCACAACUCAACGCCCAGGUGCCCCGGAUCCGCGAACUGCGCGUCCGCCGCGCCACCGACCCACUGGCCUACUUCGGCGGCGACCCUACCCUCGGCGACGGGGCCGCGGGGGUGGAUAUCCCCGACAAUGUGUCGUUGGCGCCCACUGACGCUUCGACAUUGGCGGGCCGGUCCAUGUUCACACGGUAUACGGGCAACACGGGAAAGACGGGGAAGACGAGCUCGUCGCGGCAUACGUCGAAGACUCGGAGGAAGGAGGAGAGGAAGCGUGCGCGUGGUAAGAAGGGCACGGUGUAUGAGGAGGAGUACCUUGUUAAUAGUGUGAGACGGUUGCUGGAGAGGGCGAACUCGACGGUGAGUGAGGUGGAGGGCUUGGUUGACGCGUUGUUGAGGAGGGGCAUGAGGGAGCGGGCGGUGGCGGUGGAGAAGGCGAUGAGUGAGGUAUUGAAGUUGUGUAAGGAGAGUCGGGAGGAGGUCUUUGGGGCUUUGGUUGCUGAGGCGGUUGGUGGACAGACUGGGGAGGGUGAUGCUGGGGAGGGGGAGAAUGGAGCUGGUGCUGCCUUUGGGGAGGAUGGGGUGCCUCAUGCUACGGGAGGACAGAGUGUGUUUUGGGAUAGUGUUACGGCUACGGCGAAUGUUGGGAAGGGGAGGGAGGUGCCGGCGGUUAAGGAGAUCAAGUUAUCGGCUUUGUUGAACUGA